AUGUCCACAAUAUCCGAAAGACUCACUUCAAUUUCUACUAUUCCUUCCCAAAAAGAUAAAACAGCAGAAUAUCGAUCUUUACUUGAUUCUAUUCUUUCUUCAGCUGAUGAUGACAAAGAUUUUAAAACUAAUCUAGAAACUUUUGUUGAUCACAUAGUACAUGAACAAGUCGGACAUGUUAUUUCUCGUCAAGUACUAAGUGACUUCACACUAGGUGUAGACAAAAUCGCUGAUCGUGAGCUUAAAAAACAGAUUUUGCACUUUGUUUUAAACAAAGUUCAACCAAGACUUGUUAGUUUUGAAGAACAAAUUUCAAUUCUUCGUGAAAAACUAGCUGGAAUAUAUGAAACAGAAGAAGACUGGAUUGAAUCAGCAAAAGUAUUACAAGGCAUUCCAUUAGACUCGGGCCAUAGAGCUGUUUCAGAUGAAUACAAAUUAAAAAUCUAUAUUAAAAUUAUCCAACUACUUUUGGAAGAAGAUGAAGCUGUGCCAGCAGAAACAUAUCUUAGUCGAGCUGCUUUAUUGAUUCCUGGAUGUAAGGAUCAAGUAAAAAAUUUAACAUUUAAAUUAUCACAAGCUAAAAUCCUUGAUUUCAAAAGGAAGUUUCUUGAAGCUAGUUCCAAAUAUCAUGAAUUAAGUUAUGUUUCAGAGUUAGCACCUGAUGACCGUACAAAUUGUUUAAACGCUGCUAUCACCUGCGCAGUCCUUGCAGGUGCAGGCCCUCAACGUUCACGUAUGUUAGCCACUUUGUACAAAGAUGAAAGAGUACAACGUUUACCACACUUUCCAAUUCUUGAAAAAAUGUAUCUUGAUCGUGUUUUAAGACCAAAUGAAGUUAAAGGAUUUGCAGAGAUGCUUAAAGAACAUCAACGUGCUAGACUUGCUGAUGGUACUACUGUUUUAGAUCGUGCUGUAAUUGAACACAAUCUUUUAUCUGCAUCAAUGAUUUACAAUAAUAUUACAUUUGAAGAACUUGGUUCGUUACUGGCUAUUUCACCUGAUCAAGCUGAACAAAUUGCCAGUUCUAUGAUUGAACAAGGCAGAAUGCAAGGCACAAUUGAUCAAAUAGAACAUUUGAUAUUUUUUGAAAGUAAUUCUUCAACUAGUCUUGGUAAAUCUGUAGGCAGUGCACAUGCUUCAAAAUGGGACAUGGCAAUACAAAAUGUAUGUCAUCAUGUAGAGGAAGUAGUAAUUGCUAUCGGGUUGAGUGAUGUUGGGUAUCAAUAUGUGAAUUUGGAUGAUUGUUGGCAAAAAACAAGAACUUGGAGUGGGAUAAUUACUCCAGAUUCAGAGAAAUUUCCAUCUGGAUUGGAAAGUUUAUCAGAUUAUAUUCAUAGUAAAGGAUUAUUAUUUGGUUUAUAUUCAAGUGCUGGGUUUUGGACAUGUGCAAAACGUCCAGGAUCAUUAUUACACGAAGAUAUUGAUGCAGAGUUAUAUGCAAAAUGGAAAGUUGAUUAUCUUAAAUAUGAUAAUUGGAUGCAUGAUGCAUUGAAUAUAACUGGUAGACCUAUUUUAUAUUCAAUAUGUAGUUGGGGUAAAGAAGAUCCUUGGAUUUGGGGAUCGGACAUAGGAAAUUCAUGGAGAACAACAUCUGACAUUAGUGAUUAUUUUACUACUAAUCAAACAAAUGAUCCCCAGAAUUGUAAUCCAUGUGGAGUGUUAGAAAUAUUAGAUUCUACAGUUGGCCUAGAGAAAUAUUCUUCACCAGGAGGAUUUAAUGAUUUAGAUAUGCUGGAAGUUGGAAAUGGGGGAAUGACUUUUGAAGAAUAUAAAACACUUUGGGCAGCAUUAAAAUCACCAUUAUUAAUUGGAUGUGAUGUUCGUAAUAUGACAGAUGAAACAAUUCAAAUUUUAAACAAUACAGAAAUCAUUGGUAUUAAUCAAGACCCACUUGGUAAAUCUGCAAAAUUAGCAUAUCGUGAAAAACACAAAGAUCAAGAAAAAGUUUCUACAAUAUCAUAUGAUAUAUGGAUUGGUGAACUUUCUAUUUUGCUUAAUCGUAAUGAUGAGGAUUAUUCAAUCAAAUUUCCAUUUGAAUUACUUGGACCAUUCUUUUCUUCAAGUUUCAAUUCUGAUACAACAUCUCUUUUAUUAAGAGAUUUAUGGCAACAUAAAGAUCUUGGUUCUUUUACUAAAGAAUACAUAUCUGAUAAAAUUCCUGCUCAUGGAGUUGUAGUAUUGAAAAUAACCUAUAGUCAUCCUAAAUUUAAUUUUAUUGCACAAUUAUCUUAA